UGUCAGCAGCACUGAAACACAAAACCUUUCUUGGAAACAAGAUUCCUGGAAUCUGCCAGCUUGAACUCGGUUCACUUGUUUUCAAGGCUGAGCGUCAGAGCACAUUUGUCUGGAUUAUUUCCUCACUCUGUAUGAUUCGUUGUGGCGAAAGAUCUCCGCAGACAUGGUUGCCCCGGCUGUGACCAUGGUCUAUCCUGUGGACCAAGGUCCAUGCUGCCCACAUCCUCCCCAGACCUCCUUGGAUCGCGGAGAGGAUCUGUCCGGCAUCGCCGCCACCUUCCAGUAUUUACACACCUCAGGCUGGUACUGGGGCUCCAUCUCAGCCAGUCAGGCUCGGGAUACACUCCUGACAAAGUCGGAAGGCACUUUCCUGGUGCGGGACAGCAGUCACCCCCAGUACAUGCUGGCGCUGUCCGUGAUGACCCACUGCGGUCCGACCAGCGUACGAAUCCACUUCAAAAGGGGCUCUUUCUGGCUGGACUCCCUCAGUCCCGAGCUGCCUAACCUGCAGUCCUUCCCUGAUGUCCUUAGCCUCAUUCAGCACUAUACCGGCUCAGGACACACGCCGCAAGGCCCGGCAGCGUCCAUCCAAGACAGUCCCCUCUCCAAAAUAAAGCCAGAUGCCGUCCAGUGCCCCCCUGAGCCCAAAGACAGCGGCGUUCUGCUGAAGCUUCUGCGCCCGCUUCACAGGCCGGAAGCCUUCCCGUGUUUGCAGCACCUGGCACGACUAACCAUCAACAGAAAGACAAACUGCCCCGACCAGCUGCCACUCCCAAAGCCUCUCCUGGACUACUUGCACGAUUACCCUUUCCACAUAUGAGGGUGUCGGGAGGCAGAGACGGGGAUACAUGCUCAGGCAGUCAGGUGUUUGUUGGUCCACACUGACGAGACGAAACUACCGUCACCUUCCAAGAUGCUUUUUGUUGUUUUUUUUUCCCCUUCAAUAUGAUACGAUACGCCGCUGUUUGUUGUCCACAAUAAAUGCAUUUGCGCUUUUUAUGGCAAGAAGAUCACACAAGCCGACUCUAAAAGCCUUUGUUUGUUUUUGUGUAGAAUUUUGUUAAGAGUUUACCAAAUAAAAUACCAUGACCUCGUCAUUUGCCAAUGCAAAUUAGCACGUUGACACACGCAGUCUUGAUCUCACAGAAAUGUAAGCCACACCCUUGUUGUGUGUUCUUAAACCUGAUUGGACCUUUAUGGAUGCAUUCGAAGAGGCAGAUUCUGUGGGAAAUUUUGGUGUCUUCCUGGAAUGUACGACUUUUUUUCUCGCAAAUUUACAACUUUUUUUCUCGUAAAUUUACAAUUUUUUUCUCAUAAAUUUAUGACUUUAUUCUUGUGAUAUUACAACUUUUUUUUCUCGUAAAUGUCCAACUUUAUUCUCGUAAUUUACGACUUAAUUCUUGUGAAUUUACGACUUUAUUCUCGUAAAUUUACAACUUUUUUCCCCAUAAAUUUAUGACUUUUUUCUCGUGAAUUUACAACUUUUUUCUCGUAAAUGUACAACUUUUUUUCUCGUAAAUUUACAACUUUUUUCUCGUAAAUGUACGACUUAUUCUCGCAAAUGUACCACUUUAUUCUUGUGAAUUUACAACUUUUUUUCUCGUAAAUGUCCAACUUCAUUCUCAUAAUUUACGACUUUAUUCUUGUGAAUUUACGACUUUAUUCUCGUAAAUUUACAACUUUUUUCCCCAUAAAUGUAUGACUUUUUUCUCGUGAAUUUCCGACUUUAUUCUCGUAAUAUUACACAUUUUUUUCUCGUAAAUGUACAGCAUUAUUCUCUUAAAUUUACGACCUUUUUUUCUCCGAAAUUUACGACUAUUCUUGUAAUAUUACGACUUUAUUCUCAUAAAUGUACAACUGUUUUCUCGUAAAUGUACGACUUUAUUCUUGUGAAUUUACAACUUUUUUUCUCGUAAAUGUCCAACUUCAUUCUCAUAAUUUACUACUUUAUUCUUGUGAAUUUACGACUUUAUUCUCGUAAAUUUACAACUUUUUUUCUCGUAAAUGUCCAACUUCAUUCUCAUAAU